CGACGAGCUCGGCGGAGCGGGGGGAGGCGGUGCGGAGCCGGCCCGCCGGGGUGUGCGCGCGCGCGCGCGCUCGCGCGGGCAGCUGGAUGCCCGGGGGCGGGGGUAGCCCGGCGCCCUGCACUCUGGUGGGAGCGGAGGCGGGGGCCCCCGGCGCCGGGGGGGAGGCGGGCGGCGCGGCGGCGGCGGCCCCGGCGGGCAGGAUGAGCCUGUCGCCCAAGGAGCUCUCCAGCCUGCUGAGCAUCGUGUCGGAGGAGGCGGGCGGCAGCACCUUCGAGGGCCUGUCCAGCGCCUUCCACCACUACUUCGGCAAGGCCGAGCACUUCCGCCUGGGCUCGGUGCUGGUGCUGCUGCUGCAGCAGCCCGACCUGCUGCCCAGCCCCCCGCAGCGCCUCACCGCGCUCUACCUGCUCUGGGAGAUGUACCGCACCGAGCCGCUGGCCGCCAACCCCUUCGCCGCCAUCUUCGCCCACCUGCUCAACCCCGCGCCCGAGCGCGGCGACGAGGCCGAGCGGCCGCCGCUCUCAGGUUUCUUACCUCCCAUAACUCCACCAGAAAAAUUCUUCCUUUCCCAACUGAUGUUGGCUCCUCCUAGAGAACUGUUCAAGAAGACUCCUCGACAGAUUGCCUUAAUGGAUAUAGGAAACAUGGCCCAGUCAGUGGAUAUAAGUGGACUUCAGCUAGCACUAGCAGAGCGUCAGUCUGAGUUGCCAACACAGAGCAAAGCUAGCUUCCCCAGCAUUCUCAGCGAUCCUGACCCAGAUUCCUCAAAUUCUGGUUUUGACAGCUCUGUUGCCUCACAGAUCACUGAAGCUUUAGUGAGUGGACCAAAACCACCUAUAGAAAGUCACUUUCGACCAGAGUUUAUCCGGCCACCACCUCCACUCCAUAUUUGUGAGGAUGAGCUGGCUUGGCUAAACCCAAUAGAGCCAGAUCAUGCAAUUCAGUGGGACAAGUCAAUGUGUGUUAAAAACAGCACUGGAGUGGAGAUCAAACGCAUCAUGGCUAAGGCUUUCAAAAGUCCUUUGUCCUCGCCCCAGCAAACACAGCUUCUUGGAGAAUUAGAAAAGGACCCCAAGCUUGUUUACCACAUUGGCCUCACUCCUGCCAAACUGCCUGAUCUUGUGGAAAAUAAUCCUCUAGUUGCUAUAGAAAUGUUGCUUAAACUAAUGCAGUCCAGUCAGAUAACAGAGUAUUUUUCUGUCCUGGUCAACAUGGACAUGUCUUUACAUUCAAUGGAAGUUGUAAAUCGGCUUACUACAGCAGUUGAUCUCCCUCCUGAAUUUAUUCACCUUUAUAUCUCCAAUUGCAUCUCUACCUGUGAACAGAUUAAGGAUAAAUACAUGCAGAACCGCCUGGUACGUCUCGUUUGUGUCUUUCUCCAAUCCUUGAUCCGGAACAAAAUUAUUAAUGUACAGGACUUGUUUAUAGAAGUGCAGGCAUUUUGUAUUGAGUUCAGUCGGAUACGAGAAGCAGCUGGCCUUUUCAGAUUGCUCAAGACACUGGAUACUGGGGAAAAUCCUUCAGAGGCAAAAGCUUCAAAAUAAGACCCUUUCAAAUUUGGUGAAACAGCGGUCAGCUGAAUGUUCUGUAUCAUUACUUUUUUGUGUAUAAAUUUUAAACUUAAA